AUGUUUCAAAUUAGUAUGCUUCCUUCAAGCUUCAAUAAUGAUUGGUUACUUCAAUAUGGUAACGAGCAGAAUGAUUAUCUGCUACGAAGUGUUCCUCGUUUGUUCACUAAUAGUACGUGUAAUUGUGCUGCAUUAGAUAAGUGCCAAGAACCUCUACGUAUCGGUCCACCAGAUCUCGUAUUACCUGGUCUUGUGAAAGGUUGUUCACCGGUUGUUGGACUGCAAAUGUCGAAUCUUGAAUGUUUUUUCUCGUCAGACUGCAUUGCUACUAUUCUCACUUAUCUCGAAUAUUAUACACAGAUGGAUGGUUCACCACCAGCUCAUUUCAUUCCACCAAUGGUACUUCCUCUUAUGCUUGAUCCGUUAGAUAAUUCGAUACCAUCAAGAUUUUCACCAAACACUUCAAUUGAUACAAUCAUAAGUGAAAUGUUGGUUGAGCAGCUGAAUAGAACAAUAACCUAUGAAAAUUAUUUUGCUUCAUGUACACCAAGUAUGUGUCGCUAUGAAUAUGUAAAAAGAAAUGACAUAUUGUAUGUGAUAACCUCAGCACUUAGUCUCUAUGGUGGUCUUACUAUCAUUUUGCGAUUUAUUACUUGGAAUAGUGUUCGAAUGUUUCAAUCUUGUAGAAGCCGGCUGUUUACCCGUCAUACUGCAGUUCAGCCAAUGUAUUGAAUAGGAAGGACAGAUGAAUGUUGACUUAUAAAUUUAAAACCCAAACAUAUAAUAUAAGCAGAAUCAUUUUAUUCAUUUGCUUGCAAUAUUUUCUUAUAUUUAUCUGGUACCUUUCUCUAGUCAAUGUGCUUGUUGUUCGUUCGUAUUAUACUUGCUUCUUCGAAAUAAAUCAGAAUAAAUGUCUCUAUAUUAUGUUAGUCAACUUCGGAAGAUGCUAUCAAUCAGAGAUGAGAACAAGACAGGACGGUGCCGCCAUCCUGCUGUCCUGUCUUACCAUACAGGAUAAGACAAGAAUUUUUGUCCUAUCCUGUGAGCGGCAGGACAGCGAUUUUCGUAGGAAAGCAUAGAACAGCACACUUAACUUCGUCCUGAAUUUUUAUAUGUAGUUUUUGGAUGAAUUUUUCAAAAAAAUUUGCUUAAAUAUUAUAUUACUUGCGGCAAUUAGUUAAGACGUCACAUAUUAAGUAUUAUAUACUAGCAAGAAUCCGUGCACAGAGGUGGCGGAGCUAUUAGACUUGGAAAGGCUCAAGCCUCCCGUAAAAAAUGAAAGGGGAGGCUCAGUAUUUGAGAAAAUUUUAGGAUCUCAUUCUGAAUUAAACCGGGUUUCCCAAAAUGUUAUCAACAAAGUUUAUUUUGUAUGUAUCUUUGCAUGCACAAAUGCUAAAAUCAUGAAUUUUUUUAAAAUGCAUUGUCGACGCUCUCUACAACAACUCCAUCAAAAAAUCCCAUUGACUUCCGUUGAUGAAUUUUUAGAAAACUGAAAGAAAAGAUGUAUAAAAGGUUUCUACUUCCCAUUAUAUUAAAAAUAACAAACGUAUUGGAAAUAAUAUCUAUUUUUCAUUUUUUUUCGCACAAAUUAUGAUAACGACUUGAGUUAUUUUUAAAGAUACGUCAUUAAAUUGUCCACAAUAUUUAGAGAAAAACAUUUUCUUGACUUAUUGUAAUCAAUUUUGAGAUGGUAAAAAGUAAAGAUGUACGCGAUACUGCGAUUUUCUACUAUAACAGUAGACUAAAAGCGUCAGAAAUGGCAAGCUGAUCAUCGAAAGCAAGGUUUUUUGUACAAAAACGCACUACUAAAUGCAGUGAUACCAUCAACAUGAUCUGUUUCGUGUUCGAAAGUUGUCUUAAAGAAUCAAAAAUGAACAGUUAGGCGAUUAGUUGUUUAAACAGAGAAGCAAGUUCAACUCAAAAUAGUGAAAAAAUAGAGUCGCGUACAUCUUUGCUUUUAGCCAUUAUAAAAAUCGAUUAGAACAAGUCAAGAAAACAUUUUGUUUUUUUGAAAAAAUUCAAGUUCUAUGAUUUGUUUGAGUGACAAUAAAUGAGAAAUAGAUAUAUUAAAACUCUUUUUAUUUUUUCUCAUACAGGGAAAAGUAGCAACAUUUUAUAUAUCUUUUUUUUCAGUUUUCUAAAACCUCAUCAGAAUAAGUCAACAGAACUUUGUGAUGCAGUUGCCCUAAAGAAUUCAGCAGUAGAUGUUAGGAUUCAUUUUUCGGAAUUUUUCUAUAAAUUCUCAUGUUUAUGUUACCGUCAAAUGAAAAUAAUUAACGCAAAGACGACUGUCUGACUGAGGGUGAUGGCAGAGAAGAUUUUGGACGAGGAUGUGGAUGUGGGUGUGGGUGUGAAUCUUCAUCUCCACCACAUCCACACCCACCAUCAUUAGUAAUAAUAAAUAAAAUUUCUUCUAAAUUGGGAGCUAAUGGAAAAAAAAAGACAGGAAAAUGACUUGAAAGAUGAAUCCAAACUAAUAUGAAUUCAACGUAAAUAUAACUAACGUAUACCUGUUUGUUCAUAUUUUACUGUGCAUAGAAUAAUAAGAACGAUUUCAUUACAUAUAUAGCACUGUUAGCGAAGUGGUUAUCGCGUCUAUUUUACUUACAGAAGAUCGUAGGUUCGAUUUCUGCACGGGAAAUUUUCAUUCCUUUUUUUUGCUUUGAAAUGUAUUAAAGAAGGGUAUGAGUGUGUG